GAUGGGUGCUGGGGGUUGCUGCUGCCCACAGAGGUCAGCUCUAUUCUCCGCGCGUCUCCGUCCUCGUUGGAGGAAACUGGCAGAACCGUCUCCUUCUUCCCUGUUAGCGAAGGCCUCCCCGCCGCCGCUCUUUCAGUCUAGCGUUCCUAGCGUCCGAACGCCGAGGCUGCUCCUUCAGCCCUCAAAGAAGGGAACCAUGCUGAUCUCAGAAAGAACGACGGGACCGUCUUAGUCUUGCCAGAACCACGGAGGUCAUCCUGGACAAUGUCACUUGGUGGAGAAGAAGGACCGUGAGACCUUGGUUGAGAGCCAGGUGGUAGCCACUUGCUUGUCACUUCCCAGCCAAGUGGCAGGCCAGAACCCAGGAGCAGCCAGUGUCUACAGGUCAUAGACACAGAGAGGACAUGAGUCUGGGGGUGACCUCCCCCGCACCCCUCCCCACAGCCUCAGAGCCAGGCAUGGUACAAUCUGCCUUCUCCCUUGUGGACUAUGUGGUCUUCAUCCUGGUGCUGGUUCUCUCCCUUGCCAUCGGGCUUUACCAUGCCUGCCAUGGCUGGGGCCGGCAUACCAUCGGCCAGCUGCAGAUCGCCGACCGCAAAAUGGGCUGCCUUCCCGUGGCGCUGUCCCUGCUGGCCACCUUCCAGUCGGCUGUGGCCAUCCUGGGGGUGCCGUCUGAGAUCUACCGAAAUGGGACCCAGUAUUGGUUCCUGGGCUGCUCGUAUUUGCUGGGGCUGCUGAUCCCUGCACACGUCUUCAUCCCUGUCUUCUACCGUCUGCAUCUCACCAGUGCCUAUGAGUACCUGGAGCUCCGAUUCAAUAAAACUGUGCGAGUUUUUGGGACCUUGACCUUCAUCUUCCAGAUGGUGAUCUACAUGGGGGUUGUGCUCUAUGCGCCAUCACUGGCCCUCAACGCAGUGACUGGCUUUGAUCUGUGGCUCUCAGUGCUGGCCCUAGGCAUUGUCUGUACCAUUUACACAGCUCUGGGUGGGCUAAAGGCAGUCAUCUGGACAGAUGUGUUCCAGACACUGGUCAUGUUCCUAGGGCAGCUGGCGGUUAUCAUCGUGGGGUCAGCCAAGGUGGGCAGCUUGGGGCAUGUGUGGGACGUGGCCUCGCAGCAUGGCCUCAUCUCUGGGAUCAAUCUCGACCCGGACCCUUUCGUGCGGCAUACUUUCUGGACCUUGGCCUUCGGGGGUGUCUUCAUGAUGCUGUCCUUAUAUGGGGUGAACCAGGCUCAGGUGCAGCGCUACCUCAGCUCCCGCACAGAGAAGGCUGCUGUACUCUCCUGCUAUGCGGUCUUCCCUUGCCAGCAGGUGGUCCUCAGCAUGGGCUGCCUCAUUGGCCUGGUCAUGUUCGCCUACUACCAGGAGUAUCCCAUGAGCCCCCAGCAGAGUCAGGCAGCCCCUGACCAGUUUGUCCUGUAUUUCGUGAUGGAUCUCCUGAAAGACCUGCCAGGCCUGCCUGGGCUCUUUGUCGCCUGCCUCUUCAGCGGCUCCCUCAGCACCAUAUCCUCUGCUUUUAAUUCACUGGCAACUGUUACGAUGGAAGACCUGAUUCGACCCUGGUUCCCUCAGUUCUCAGAAGGCCGGGCUACCAUGCUUUCCAGAAUCCUUGCCUUUAGCUAUGGGCUACUCUGCCUGGGAAUGGCCUAUGUUUCCUCCCAGAUGGGACCAGUGUUGCAGGCAGCAAUCAGCAUCUUCGGCAUGGUUGGGGGGCCGCUGCUAGGACUCUUCUGCCUUGGCAUGUUCUUCCCUUGUGCCAACCCUCCUGGUGCCAUUGUGGGCCUGUUGGCUGGCCUCGUCAUGGCUUUCUGGAUCGGCAUUGGGAGCAUAGUGACCAGAAUGGGCUCCAGCAUAGCACCCUCACCCUCUAACGUAUCCAGCUGGUUCCUGCCCAGCAAUCUGUCCACUGUCACCAUGACCACGCUGAUGCCCUCAGCCACCUUCGCCAGGCCCACAGGGCUGCAGCGGCUCUAUUCCCUGUCAUAUUUAUGGUACAGCGCUCACAACUCCACCACAGUCAUUGUGGUGGGCCUGAUUGUCAGUCUCCUCACUGGGGGAAUGCGGGGCCGGACCCUGAACCCUCGGACCAUUUACCCAGUGUUGCCAAGACUCCUGGCCCUCCUGCCUGCGUCCUGUCAGAAGCGACUCCACUGCAAAACCUGCAGCCAGGACCUCUCUGUGGACACCAGAGGGUUCCCGGAGAAGAUGAGUAAUGGGAUGCUGAAGGGCUGCGGAGAGAAGGAGGCCAUGGCCGUGCCCGAGGAAGGCCCAGUCUACCAGGGCAGCAGCCCCACCUGCAUCCUCCAGGAGACCUCACUGUGAUCUGGACUCAGGAACCAGCCUGAGUCUACCCUGUGAUACGGGAGGAGCUACUUGAUGUGUUCUGCAGGACACUGCAUGACCAGAUGACCUAGCUUACACCAAAGGACCUUGUUCUUAGGGGUCUGUGUUGCAGUAGAAGCUGCCAUUAUCACGGGAGGUGUGAGGAUAGGACAGGACUUUGUCAGAAAAGAGGAUAGUAGAGAAUCCUCAGGGUAAAGGGAUAAUAGCUUCUGAUUGAACUCCAAGCUCUUUUGAAGUGGAUGGAAACCACAGUGCAGGUUACCGCUGCCAUGGGACUUGAUCUGACAAGAUUGACCACCUCCACUGUAAACUAGCUGUUGCUUCCCUUGCAAUCUCAUCUAAGCACAGAUUCUGUCUGCCACUAAGGACCCCUGUGACCCUUGUGUCAGGUUGUCUGUGACACCCAGAUCACCCUCAUUCUUACCUGUCUACCUCCAGUUUUGAGAGGGAGGUUUUGGUGUUCUUGGGAGGCCUCUUGGAAUAUACAGGUACAUUCAUCUGCUUUGUGUAGAGUAGGGGAAGCUUCCCCCCCGACUGCCCCAGCCCCACCUCUCAUGGGCACUUAGGGAUGGGGCAGAGGUUGAUCUUAGAGACCAGGGCAAGACCAGGUACACCGUGGAGUGUCCAUCUUGACUCCUGAGCCAUGCCAACCUAGUGUCACUUUGUCAUUUGCGCUCCUGUUAACUUUUGGAGUUUCUUCCCCACAUAUCUUUGUUCCUAGGGAAUAAAAGUAACAUUGGAACUGGAAUCUGGGCUCUUGUACUGUCUGCAGCUGCUCUUGUCUACCCCAGCCCAUCCCUGGAGAGGCCAAGAGCCCUCAUUUCC